AUCAGUUUUGGAACUGAGAGUUGAGGGGGGAGGCGGAGAGUAGCCUGAGGCAUCAGGUGUGCAGGCAGAGAGGUAGAACGAAAGAGGAGAAGACGAGCAGCAACCAGAUGAAUGUGCUCCGCAGCACCGGACAUGUGAUAAGGGGAGCGCGGGACUGUACUGUCUCUGUAACAGUAUGUGUAUGUCGAGAUCAGUCAUAAGAACAGCUGUAGGAAGGAGAUCAACUUGUAUUAGUCAUCUGGAGGUGGGUGCAAAGGAAGACGACAAUGCAGCUGAAGAAGGAACACUCCCAUUAGUUUUUCUUUGGAUUUGUGAAUGAGGGUGGUGAGUGUCACUCUGUUGCCUGUACAGCUGAGUCAGCAGGUGGCUCGUCUUACCGCAGUCUGAAGGGGGGAAUGCAAUAUCACUUUCCAUGGUAAUCGUUGACACUGCUGGACCAUGACUGGCAAGAAAGGGAGGCAGUGGAGGUCCAUGUGCAAAGGCCUGGUCCUGGGUACCCUCCUGACCAGCUGCAUGAUCCUGCUUUACUGCCUCUCCACUCCACAGAUCCACUUCAGUCUGCCUGAGGUUCCAGUGCCUUACUCCUGUGCUCACCGUCCAUCCCAGCUCCACCCCAGACAAACCACAAACAGCUCGCACCCAACCCCUGGCCAGACCUGCGCUCCUAAAGUGGAUAUCAUGUUCAUGAAGACCCACAAAACAGCCAGCAGCACCUUCCUCAAUAUCCUUUUCCGCUUUGGUGAGAAACACCGGCUCAAAUUUGCCUUUCCUGACAGCAGAAAUGACUUCUUCUAUCCGUCUCUUUUCGAGCGCUCCCAGGUAAAGGACUAUAGGCCUGGAAUGUGUUUCAAUAUUAUCUGUAAUCACCUGCGCUUCAAUGCGCCUGAGGUGGCCAAGUUGCUCCCAUUGGACACUUCCUACAUCACUAUUCUGCGAGACCCUGCAGAACUUUUUGAGUCAUCCUUCCACUACUUUGGCCGACUGGUGCCUUUUACCUGGAAGAUACCAGGUGAUGACAAGCUAACUGAAUUCCUGCGUGACCCCCAUUACUACUUUGAUCCAGAGGGCUUCAACUCUUUCUACCUCAAGAAUCUGCUGUUCUUUGACUUUGGACAGGACAACACCCUAGAGCUGGAUGACCCGCGGGUAGAAGAAGAAAUCAAAUUUAUCACUGACCGUUUUCAGCUGGUCAUGUUGGUGGAAUACUUUGAGGAAUCACUCAUCCUGCUGAAGGAUGCCCUCUGCUGGGAGAUGGAUGACUUGCUCUUCUUCAAGCUUAAUGCCCGCAAGGGGUCCACUGUGUCUAAACUUACCCCUGAGCUGAGGGCCAGGGCCCUUGAGUGGAAUGCUAUUGACUGGAAGCUAUACCGGCAUUUCAACCAGACCUUUUGGAAGAAAGUAGAUGCAUAUGGACAGCAGCGGAUGGCCGAGGAUGUGGCAGAGCUCAGAAGAAGGAACGCGGAGAUGACAUCCAUCUGCAUUGAGGGGGGUCGUGCUGUGGAAGCUGGCAGCAUCCAAGAGACAGCCAUGCAGCCCUGGCAACCCAUCGGAGAGAAGUCCAUCAUGGGCUAUAACCUGAAGAAGAAUGUGGACAAGGCACAUCGGAAGCUGUGCCGUAAGAUGUUGAUGCCAGAGAUCCAAUACUUAACAGAGCUUGGGGUGAACCUGUGGAUCACCAAGCUGUGGGGCCAUGUCCGAGAUAUCAUUAACUGGUGACUAGGCAUGUGAGCAAGAGGGGCCAAUUCAACUCUGAAAGUCUGUAUUAAAGCAAGAGAGAUCUGACUGUGUGGCUGAUAGAGCGAGAGGUUAAAUGUUUCUGUCACAUUUCCUGCCUCAUUUUGUUGUAAAUGUAUUUGCAUUGUAAUGUAUCUGAUGGGUGCUUGAGAAAAAAAAUACUGUUGACCACACAAUCUACAAAUACUGAACAAGUUUACUAUGCAGAUGAGGCCUAGUAUUGUUCUCUGUGUUUUUGAGUUAGUUUUUCAGACAUUAAAAUGUUCUCACUCAGAUAUGAGCUUGUUCUAAUGGAGUUGAAUGAACUGUGAAGUUCAGGACUAACUUUAUAAACCCUUUGAUGGAAUGAAAACCCAUGGUUGCCAUCCCUGCCAAAUGUUUAAGAAUCAAGAAUCAAGAAUCAAGAAUCUUUAUUGUCAUUAUGCAAGGCACAAUGAAAUUUUGUUCAGCAGCUCUUUGGCACAAAUAGUAACAUAAAGGCAUAU